AAACAGUAUACGUUCACACUCAGAGCAUUGAUCUUGAUAUUCGAUAUUCGUUUCCGAACUAAAACUUUAGUAGCUUUUUAAAUACAACAAAAGAAACAGUGUAUCAUCAUGGCGAGCAAGCGAUUGGCCAGCGUGAUGUCCACCGCCAGUGUGAUGCAAUCGUCGGCAUCGAUCUCCAGCAAGGCGAAGCGGGUCAAAAAGGCAAGGCUGCCGACCUUUGACCUCUCGCUAAGCCAGAAGGUAGAUAUUAAGAAGGCCUUCGAUUUAUUCGAUACCCAGUGCACGGGGUUUAUCGAAGUGAAGGAGCUUCGCGUGGCCAUUCGCGCUCUGGGAUUCGAACCGAAAAAGGAGGAGAUCAAGCGCAUGAUGGAUGAAAUCGACAAAGAUAAGACCGGAAGGAUUGCCUUCAAUGAUUUUCUGUAUUUAAUGCGCCUGAAAAUGGCCGAGAAGGACUCUAAACAGGACAUGAUGAAGGCCUUCUCCUUUUUCGAUGACGAUCGCACAGGGAAAAUCUCCUUCGCCAAUUUGAAACGCGUGGCCAAGGAACUCGGGGAAAAUCUAACCGAUGAAGAACUUCAGGAAAUGAUCGAUGAAGCCGAUAUGGAUGGUGAUGGCGAGGUGAACAGGGAGGAGUUCCUCAACCUCAUCAAGAAGACCAAUUUAAUCUAGUCACUUUUCGUUUAAAUUUAUUUUCCACAUCUUUUGUGUUGCGGGGAAACGACGUUGUUUUUAAUCAUAUUGAUUUACACAUUUCAGGCUGACGAUUAUACAAAAGUUUCUUGAAGAAGUUUGGAUAUGCUUCGGUUCAAUAAAGCAACGCACUGCAAAUGCA